GAUGGCGCCAAUCAUGGUGAUGGGGUUAAAGGGCAGGUGGGGCAGGGAGAGGUAUAAAAGGCGCGAGAGCACACCUUUCCUCCACUUUUUUUCGCUUUUUUCAUUGCUAAACGGCUACGUUUUUGCGCUCGCAUCUCAGAAAUGCCUUCAUACUACGAGCUCUAUCGCACCAGCACUCUCGGCAUGGCCCUGACAGACUCUCUGGAUGAGCUGAUCCAGGCUGGACACAUUACGCCACAGCUGGCAAUACAGGUGCUGGAGCAAUACGACAAGAGCAUCUCUGAGGCCCUGGCCAACAAGGUCAAGGCCAAGGCGAUGCUGAAGGGGCACCUCAGCACAUACCGGUUCUGCGACGAUGUCUGGACGUUCAUAAUCAAGGACCCGACAUUCAAGUUUGAGCACGACACGGCGAGCUGUAACAAGGUGAAGAUUGUUGCGUGCAAUGCUAGGCGUCCAGGAGAAGUCUAAAUGUAUUAAAAUAAAGCUAUUGAAGUCGCCGCCGGAUCACGCCCACCAGGCCGCCGAUGCGUCGCCAGUGGCGGGCCCAUUGCGUGGCGAUGCUCAGCGUGAAGCCCUGGACAAAGGGGAUGAGCAUGGCAUCGACGAACAGGCGUUUCCACCAGGGCUUGCCAAGCGGAGGCAGCGGUCUUGUUGUCUUUGGCGGUUCAGCAGGGUGCGGCUGCGGCUGC